UCGCGGCGCCGGCCGCCCCGCUGCCAGGAUGUCCACAGAUGGUGGCUUUGGCACAGCUGGCAACAGUGAUGCCCAGCAAAGCCUCCAGUCCUUCUGGCCACGAGUGAUGGAGGAGAUCCGCAACCUCACCGUGAAAGACUUCAGAGUCCAGGAGCUCCCUCUGGCUCGAAUCAAGAAGAUCAUGAAGCUGGAUGAAGAUGUGAAGAUGAUCAGUGCAGAAGCUCCCGUGCUGUUUGCCAAGGCAGCUCAGAUAUUCAUAACAGAAUUGACUCUGAGAGCCUGGAUACACACAGAAGACAACAAGAGGAGGACUCUGCAGAGGAAUGACAUCGCUGUGGCCAUCACCAAGUUUGAUCAGUUUGAUUUCCUCAUUGAUAUUGUCCCAAGAGACGAGCUGAAGCCCACAAAGAGACAGGAAGAGGUGCGUCAGGCCGUCACCCCCGCCGAGCCUGUGCAAUAUUAUUUCACCCUGGCUCAGCAGCCUGCUGCAGUGCAGGUUCAGGGGCAGCAGCAAGGCCAGCAGACCACCACCUCUACAACCACCAUCCAGCCAGGACAGAUCAUCAUUGCCCAGCCUCAGCAAGGACAGAGCACGCCCGUGACCAUGCAGGUUGGAGAAGGCCAGCAGGUCCAGAUCGUGCAGGCCCAGCCCCAAGGACAGAGCCAGCAGGCACAGAGCAGCACAGGGCAGACCAUGCAGGUCAUGCAGCAAAUCAUCACCAACACUGGGGAGAUCCAGCAGAUACCGGUUCAGUUGAAUGCUGGCCAGCUGCAGUAUAUCCGCUUAGCCCAACCUGUGUCAGGCACCCAGGUAGUCCAGGGGCAGAUCCAGACGCUUGCAACCAAUGCACAGCAGAUAACACAGACAGAAGUCCAGCAAGGACAGCAGCAGUUCAGCCAGUUCACAGAUGGACAGCAACUUUACCAGAUCCAGCAAGUGACCAUGCCUGCAGGCCAGGACAUCACCCAGCCCAUGUUCAUCCAGUCCACCAACCAGACCUCAGAGGGCCAAGCCACACAGGUGACAGGGGACUGAAGGGAGGACACUGGAAUGAAUCUUCUCCCUGCCUGGAGCCAAACCAGCCUGACCUUUCCCACACCAACCUGUUCUGAUACCUACAUCUGCUUCUGUCCAUCUGCCCUCCAUAGCAAGCCUCCAGUAGGCUGCAGUCUCUGCUGCACUGUCCACCUUCCUCUGGUGGGUCUGAGAGAGAAUAUCCAGCAGCCACUGACACAAGAAGGCAAGAGAGGUUAAAAAAAAAAACACCCAACCAAAACACCUCUGGGAUUUUUUAGGAGGCCACAUUUCAGUGUAUUCAGCUGCUUGACCAACCUCAGAAAACAAAAAGAACUCAUCAGGAAACAAACAAACAAACAAAAAAAACAAAACAAAACAAAACAAAAGACAAAAAAAGGGAUUUGUAGCAUCUCAAGUGAAGGUGGAAAAGGUUUUUGUCUGGUGAAGUUGUUGUUGUUGUUGUUGUUGUUAUUAAAGGGUACUG